CAAGGAGCUGGUUUCAGCUGAACAAAAUAAAAACCAUAUGAGCAAUGAACUGCGUAAAAAGGAAGAACAGUGUGCAUCUUAUGAAGAAAAGAUAUUUGAUGUUUGUGGUAGUCAAGACUUUGACAGUGAUUUGACACGCCUGCAAGACGAUAUAGAAAAAACUUCUAAACAGAGAGCAAUGUUGGCUGGUGCAACUGCAGUAUACACACAAUUCAUCACUCAACUGACUGAGGAGAAUCAGCCCUGCUGUCCAGUUUGCCAGAGAAUUUUUCCUUCAGAAGCAGAGCUGCAAGAUGUAAUUAAUGACAUGCAGUCCAAGCUCAGACUGGUCCCAGAUAAGCUGAAAACCACUGAAACCGAGUUAAAACGAAGAGAGAGAAGAAAGGAUGAAAUGAUGGAACUGAAACCUAUGAGACAAAUGCUUAGUGAUCUUAAGGAAAAAGACAUCCCUGAACUAAGGAACAAGCUUGCAGCCAUAAAUAGGGAAAUACAACGGCUGAAAAAUGAUGUGGAAGAACAGGAAACUCUCAUAGCAACAUUUAUGUCUGAAGAGGAGAGUGCCAAGGCCUGUUUACAGGACAUUUCUCUCAUGGAAAGAUAUCAGAUGGAGUUGAGAGAUGUAGAGAGGAAGAUAGCACAGCAUGCAACCAAACUGCAAGGAGUAGACCUCAGCCGCACCGUGCAACAAGUGAAUCAGGAGAAGCAAGAAAAACAGCAUAACUUGGAUAAUGUUUCCGGUAGAAUUGAGCUGUUACGUAAGCGAAUACAAGACCAACAAGAUCAAGUUCAACAGCUAAAGAGUUCAGCCAACGAACUAAGGGCAGAGAAACUUAAUAUUUCGAGUAAGCUCCAACGUCGACAACAACUGGAGGAUCAAAAUGUGGAACUUACUACUGAGCUGCAGUGUUUGGCAAGAGAGAUAAAGGAAGCAAAAGAGCAAGUUUUCCCAUUGGAAACAACCCUUGAAAAACUACAACUGGAGAGGAAGGAAAUUUUGGAGAGGAAAGACUCCAGCAACCGAGCAGCACAAGAAAGGCUCAAUGACCUUAAGGAAAAAGUGAAAAAGAUCACUUUGUUCAUGAAAGAUAUUGAUAAAUAUAUAAAUGAUGGGAGAGAAGAAUUCAAAGAGCAAAAGGAUGCUGAACUACAGGACUUAAUUGCUCGACUGAAUGAUUGUGAGAAGCACAAAGAAAAAAUUAAUAAAGAGAUGAUCACUGUUAGACAGGAUAUAGACACACAAAAAAUACAGGAACGAUGUCUCCAAGACAAUCUGACUCUUAGAAAAAGAAUGGAAGAACUUAAGAAGGUUGAAGAGGAAAGAGAGAGACUAUUAACAGAGAUGGGACAAAUGAAUGCAAUGCAACUUAAAAAUGAAUAUCAAGAGCUGGAAAACAAAAUCGAAACACUGAAAACAAGCCAUAGCCUGGCCCUUGGCCGACAGAAGGGGUAUGAAGAUGAAAUAAUGCGUUUUAAGAAGGAACUGCGUGAACCACAGUACAAAGAUGCAGAAGAAAAGCAUAGAGAGAUGAUGAUUGUUAUGAGGACUACAGAGCUGGCCAAUAAAGACCUGGAUAUCUAUUACAAGACAUUAGAUCAAGCUAUAAUGAAGUUUCACAGCAUGAAAAUGGAAGAAAUCAAUAAAAUUAUUCGUGACCUCUGGCGCAGUACUUACAGAGGACAAGAUUCCUUGGAUGGACGGGCUUUGCUCAACAUGAAGCUGGACACUUUUUGA